UCCAUUUCUGUUAUCCAGACAGCAAUUCCCCUAUUCUCUUAGCAUAUUCGGGGGCAUUUGCUUCUCUUCCUUUUUAGCCAUUUAUUUCCCUGCUCUUGUGAGCCCCUCUCUAAGAGCACAUGUAAGGACAGAAUACCAAACCAGCCACUUAAGUAACUUUGCCGAAAUGUUUUAUAGGGGAUAUGGUUGAAACCACUGGCUAACAUGACAUUUUACACAAUGUUGUCUUCCUGAAUGAAUCUGGAAAUCACAUUAAGUUCAGUUAAUUGGCUCUGUGGUAGAUUCAGCAAGAAGUCACACACAAGAUACAGGCCCUUUAUCAGAUGUAAGUUUUGUCAUAGAUACAGGCCAUGGGAUGGUGGUCAUUUAGUUUGUGUUUAUUCAGAAAUUAAUAAUGGUCAGUGGCAAGUGACUUACUAAACUUUGUUCUUCUAGGGAGAAUCGUGAACUCUCAGAACUGAAGCUCCUCAGGAGUCUACCUGGACUCAUUCAUUCUGGUCCCAGACCCUGGGAGGGAAACCUCUUUCUAACUUGCCAGACAGAUGCCCUGGUCUUUUGCUGUAAGCCCUGCAGUGAAGUGGUUCUCGGCUCCUAAGACUAUAGCUGAUCUCUGGAGCAACUCAAAACACAUCUAGUCCUCUGUACCAAUUAAUCCUUCAAGUAUCUGAAAACACGUCUCUCUUCUCUGUUCCUCCAGUACCAAUAGUUUAAAUAACAGUAACCUUUCUUUUGUUCUACCUUUUUAAAAAAGCAAAUAAAAAGUAAGGCUUUACCAACAUAAUGACGGCCCUAAGCACCCAUCUCCUGUCCCACGUUCCUCUUCUCCCCACCCCUCUCUCUGCCUAUUUAUUUGGUCUAUAUGGGAUCUGAAGGCAGAAAGAAGCCUUUGGAAAGUCUUGGAAGCGUUUACAGUGCAGUGAUUAAUAGAAGAAAGUGGCAGUCAAAAGUCUGAACUACAGUUUGAAUGUGACGGACAUUUAUAAACUGUGUUUUCAAACUGUUAACUCUGGACAAUUUACCCAACCUUUCUAAGCUCCAAAAUUCCAUUUCCUCCUCCGUCAAAUUAUACUUAUGGUGCUGGUUGUUGAGCGGAUUAACCAAGACAGUGCUCCUACUGUGUUGACACUGCCACUUAAGAGUCGCCAUUCCAUUUAUCUUCUCCUGCUCCACCUCCCAGAAGUGGUCUACAAACAGGUGAAGAGGUUUGCUCAAGGUCGCAGCUGGUUCGCGGCAGAGCAAGAACCUAACCCUAGCCCCCAUCCUUCAGUUCCACGCCGCUUUCGCUGGUGUCUGCAGCUGGCUGCCUUGGGUCUGCAGAUCAAAACCUCCUCCUGGGUCCCCGUGUCCACUACCGUGGGGAAGCCCUCCCUGUAUCACUUACCCACAGUAAUUGCAGGGAGCUCCGAUUUGACGGGAAACGUUAGGGAGUUUGACGACAUUAGCUCUUCAGGAGUACUCAGAGGUUAAAGGUAGUUCAAUGUAGGCACAGCCCAGACUGGGACGAAGCCCGGGUCGCCAGCGUCCCUGCUGUUUGCAUUCCAGGGCAGCCGCCUCACUCGCCCGCCCCGCCCGCAGCCUGGGGGACCCGGGCUGGUGCGCGCGGCUCAAGACGCGGAGGUCCAGGCCGGACGGCCGGGGGCGGGGCCUGGCCGCGCGUCCCCGUCCCGGGGCGUGGCCUCCCGCAGGUGAGCCCGGCGACUCCGGUUUCCCUGAAACUUCUCUGGCCCUGGGGAGGCGAGCGCAGAGGCUCGGACUAGCGGCAGGCGGGAGGCUGGCCUUCUGUCGGUGCGGCGAGUGGAGUUCCGAGUUUUGAACCCGUGGCGGCGGAUCCCUGCCCGCCCGGCUUGGGGGCUGCGGGAAGGAUGCGCAGCCUGAGCGCGGCGUGGCUGCUGGCGGGUGCCAUCCUGCUGGCGGCCUCCGUCUCCUGCAAUCGCACGGUCCAAGGAGCCAAAAGACCCUCUGGAGGAAGAAGUCUUAUUGGGAAGGUCGACAACCCAUCUCCAGUCCCUGGAAAAGGAGUUACAGGGGACUCAGGCCUCUCCGUGGAUGAGCUUUCUGCAUCUGUUCUCACUGGAAAAUUGACUACCGUCUUUCUUCCAAUUGUGUACACAGUUGUUUUUGUGAUUGGUUUGCCAAGUAAUGGCAUGGCCCUGUGGGUCUUUCUAUUCCGAACCAAGAAGAAGCACCCAGCUGUGAUUUACAUGGCCAAUCUGGCCUUGGCCGACCUCCUCUCUGUCAUCUGGUUCCCCUUGAAGAUUGCCUAUCACAUACAUGGCAACAACUGGAUUUAUGGGGAGGGUCUUUGCAAGGUGCUCAUCGGCUUUUUCUACGGCAACAUGUACUGUUCCAUUCUCUUCAUGACCUGUCUCAGCGUGCAGAGGUAUUGGGUCAUUGUGAACCCCAUGGCCCAUGGCAGGAAGAAGGCAAACCUUGCUAUUGGUGUCUCCCUGGGCAUCUGGCUGCUGAUCCUGCUGGUAACCAUCCCCUUGUAUGUGGUGAGGCAGACCAUCUUCAUCCCAGCUCUUAACAUCACCACCUGUCACGAUGUUCUGCCUGAGUAUGUGUUGGUGGGAGACAUGUUCAAUUACUUCCUGUCUCUGGCCAUUGGAGUCUUUCUGUUCCCAGCCCUCCUCACGGCCUCCGCCUACGUGCUGAUGAUCAGGAUGCUGCGAUCCUCGGCCAUGGAUGAAAACUCAGAAAGGAAGAGGCAGAGGGCCAUCAAGCUCGUGAUCACCGUCCUGGCCAUGUACCUGAUCUGCUUCACGCCUAGUAACCUUCUGCUCGUGGUACAUUAUUUCCUGAUUAAAAGCCGAGGCCAGAGCCACGUCUAUGUCCUGUACAUUGUAGCCCUCUGCCUCUCCACCCUCAACAGCUGCAUCGACCCCUUUGUCUAUUACUUUGUUUCACAAGAUUUCAGGGAUCAUGCAAAGAACGCUCUCCUCUGUCGUAGUGUCCGGACUGUAAAGCAGAUGCAAGUAUCCCUCAGCUCAAAGAAAUUCUCCAGGAAAUCUAGCUCUUACUCUUCAAGUUCAACCAGUGUUAAAGUCUCCUACUGAGUUUUUCAGGCCCCCGAUGGAAGUUGUACAGCUGGAUGCAGAGCCUGCCUGAUCUUACGGAGAUGUGUCUGUUAUUGCCUAAACAAGUGGGUCUCACCACAGACCAUGUGUGGACAAGAUCUCUCAGGAUUGCUAGAAGCUUCCCUGUUUGUGUUAUAAAAGUCUCCCAAAUUAAUACAGAUGUCAGUUUCUGAGGUCCCUGACACCCCCACCCCCAGCCUGGAAGCUUCUUCUGAGUGUACAGUCACUCCUGUCAGAUCAGAUGCGGCGUUAGGUUCUCAGAGGAGCCUGGCCUGUGUGAAGGAUCUGGGUUGGUGAUCCUCACCCUUAGGAGAAUCUAAUGCAGCCCCCAAUCCCCCAAUUUUUCAGGGAAAAAUUGUUUUCCCUGAAACCAGUCCCUGGUGCCAAAAAGGUUAGAACUUCACUGCUUCAAGCAGAUGCUUCCAGAAACCAAACUAACAGAAGUAGGCUUUUCAGAAGGUGGCAAAAAGACAGCACCCCAGUGACUUAACAAAAACUAGGCUUGGCAUAAGUCUGAGGUGUUUUUUUCCUUUGGUUUUUGUUUGUUUGUUUUUGUUUUUUUUUGAGACAGAGUCUCACUCAGUUGCCCUGGAGUUAAGUGCUGCGCCAUUAUGCUCAUAGCAACCUCAAACUCUUGGGCUCAAGUGAUUCUCUUGCCUCAGCCUCCCAAGUAGCUGGAACUACAGGUAUCUGCCACAAUGCCCGGCUAUUUUUAGAUGGGAUCUCACUCUUGCUCAGGCUGGUCUUGAACCCCUGAGCUCAGGCAAUCCACCUGCCCCAGCCUCCCAGAGUGCUGAGAUUAUAGGAGUAGCACUCUGGCCUUGAAGUCUAACUUCUUAUCUGAAACUAUUUCUUUUGCAUCUGGUGUUAUUCAUAGUAUUGUUCGGGCUUGAUGGCCCUCUGGGAUAAACAGUCCAAUUGACUGACUUUACCAAUGAGGAAACUAAAGAGGUAAACAAACUGUCUAGCGUCAGGUUUCCAAUCAAUAGCAGUUAGUUUGGAUGGACAGUAGAAUUCAAACGUUCAGUGAGCUGGGUUCAUGUACCCUGCUUUACACAUCAAAAUCCUUGUGGAGCUUGUUAAGAAUGUAGGUUCCUCAGAUUCAGUAAUGGAAGCUCAGGCUCUGGGAAGAGGGCCCAGGAUCUUCAGGUUACAAGCCUGUGUGGCAUUUAUGCACCAAAGGUUUGAGAACCACUGGUCUGAGUGCUGUUUCUAUUUGACAAGCGGCCAUGAUAAUUUUGGGAUUGGGGGGGCACAGGGAGGAGCAAACAAUGUUUUCUGUCUUGUAUCUUUAGCUUUUUAUCUGUUUGUUGACUUACCAGGACUUUACUUAUUAUUAAUCCUUUGCUCUUAUGUGUCUUGUUAUUACUUAAAGAAAAGUACAAUGAGGAUUUUAAACAUGUACAUAGAGCUGGGCAUGGUGGCUCACACCUGUAAUCCUAGCACUCUGGGAGGCCGAGGCAGGUGGAUUGCCUGAGCUCACAGGUUCGAGACCAGCCUGAGCAAGAGCAAGACCCUGUCUCUAAAACUAGCCGGGCGUUGUGGUGGGCGCCUGUAGUCCCAGCUACUCGGGAGGCUGAGGCAAGAGAAUCACUUAAGCCCAAGAGUUUGAGGUUGCUGUGAGCUAUGAUGCCAUAGCACUUUAUCAAGAGCAACAAAGUAAGACUCUGUCUCAAGAGAUUUUAAAAAAAAACAAAAACAUGUACAUACAAAUUUUGUAUAACUUUUUACAGACUUCAGUGAAAUUUUUAGGUAGUUUAAAUAAUAGAUUGUUUUGCAACUGAGAAUAGCAUUUACCACUGAGUAUUUUUUUCUUUUUCUUUCUUUUUUUUUUGAGACAGAGCCUCAAGCUGUCCCCCUGGGUAGGGUGCUAUGGCAUCACAGCUCACAGCAACCUCCAACUCCUGGGCUCAAGCGAUUCUCCUGCCUUCACCUCCCAAGUAGCUGGGACUACAGGCGCCCGCCACAACGCCCGGCUAUUUUAUGGUUGCAGCCGUCAUUGUUAUUUGUGGAUUCAAACCCGCCAACUCAGGUGUUAUGUGGCUGGCACCUUAGCCACUUGAGCCACAGGAGCCAAGCCUACUACUGAGUAUUUUUAAAAAUUAUUUUUGGAAUAUUUAUUGUUGGUUUCGUUCACUUGUUAUCAAACAUGAAAUCAUAAAGUCACAGGAUUUGGACAACAUUCCUUUGGAACAUUGCAGUAAAAGUAAAUGCAUUUGCAAUACACACACUUCAGAGGUUCUUGACUCCAAACUGACUUUAUACAAUUGUUGUAUUUGUGACUUUUAAAAAUAAUUAUUUUAUUAUAUGAUUGAUCUGUAAAUAACACAAUUUCUUUUUUACAACUGAUUUCCGAGUUUUGUGUUUGGGGAGGGAGGGAGAGAAAGGAACCGAGAGCAUCAUUCUUUCUUCUCUCUCUCUCUCUCUCUUUUUUUUUUUCAUUCUUCUAAGUGGAAAUGACAUAAUGCUCACACCAUCCUCUGUGACUACUGUUCUUCAUUUAACAACGUUUUAGAAUUCUUUCCACAAUAUUUCCACACUUCUGUCUACAGCCUGGCCAUUUUUAAAGGGUACAGAUUAUUUAAUAUUUUGGAUACAUCGCAUUGAAAUGUAUGUAGUUGUUUCUUUUCCAGUGGCUCCUUAAGUUGUCACCACCCGGUCCUUUUGGCUAUUAAAACAGUGCUCCAUUGAAUCACUGACAACUUUGGGAAUAUUUUUGUAACAAUAAGUUCGUGGAACAACAAUAAAAAAAGAAUAAGUUCCUGAAAAUAGACUAGCCAGGUCCAAAGUUAGAUGGCCAUUUCAAAUUUUGAUAACACUUCCCAAAUUGCCUUCAGUAAGGUAUACUUCUACUAAAAUAUUAUGUUUGCACCUGUUGCCUCACAUGCUCAUGCACACUCCAUGUUUUGAAAUGUUGCCAAUCUGAUUGGGGGGAAAAUCUCAUGGUUGCUUUAAUUUGUGUUGAAGCAGCAGCCAGCAUGGGGGGUGCAGGUCCUGAGCCAGACUGCUCCACUUCUCACUUUAGGGAAGUUGGUGUUACCUGAGGGAAGAUACUUCUCAGUUUCCUUUCUCAUAAAAUGAAGAUAAGAGUACCUUCUUCAUUUAGUUAUAUGCAGAUAAAAUAUUCAACCCAUUUAUGUGCUCUUGGUAUUUUGUUUAGCAUCAUUACUGUUACUCCCUGACUGCUGGUGUGACCUUUGCCCGGUUUCACUUCCAGGCCACUUUGCUUUCUUUGUCUGCUCUGUUCAGUCUCCUAGUGAGGUUGUCCUUAUUUUACAG